CUUGAACUUGAAGAACUUUGAAGUUGCGGCACUGAUCGAAGGGCUGAAGCUCCUAUAGGCAGCAGGCUGUGAGUCCUUCAUUUGUGCAUCCGAUCGACCUUCAAAGUCCAAGUUCAAAGACGGUACCCCGCACGUCAAAGCCGCCUUCCCAUCUCUUCCCAAAGAUCUGCAGGGUGUCUGAAAACCAUGGCUUCCUCCACCAUUGCUGUUGGGUCUAUCUCACAGGUUGCUGGUGUUAGGGCCAUUGCCGCUAGACCUGCUCAGCGGUGUUCUGCCCCUGCUGCCUUCUCGGGUUUGAAGGCGGUCUCUGGCGUUUUUGUUAAGAAGCAAGCGAGCCUGUACACUGCCACACCAUGCAGCAAGGGGACCAUCGUAGCAGCGGCUAGCGAGGCGGAUCUGGCCAAGGUGCGGAAGAUCAUUGCGGGGCAACUAGCAAAGGAUGAGGCCAAGAUUACGCCAGCGACCACCUUCAAGGAGCUGGAUGCCGACUCCCUAGACACCGUCGAAAUCAUGAUGGCCCUUGAGGAGGAGUUUGGAGUUGAGUUGGACGAGGAGAGCGCGGGGACGAUCCAAACUGUACAAGAGGCUGCUGACCUCAUCGCCAGCGUUGCUGCCAAGGCAUAGGAUCCUCUUGCAGAUAGAACGCCUCUACUCGUAUUUGAAGCGAUGCACGAGUAGAGAUAGAUUCCUAUUAGACUGACCAUCCAAACAUUGUGCCCGGCCAGCCUGGGUUCUGGCAUGCACGGAAGUUCCGCUACCAUGAUGACGGUGGGUCGCCAGCCGUGGUUCUGGAUUCAACCAGCUUCGAAGUAGCUCAAUCUAGUUGCAUGCAUGCAAUGAGGGCACACAUUUUCCAUAUUGAAAGUAGCAUCUUCAGAUAUACAACUAUGUCCAAGUUUGCCAAAUGUGACCGAGCCUCGGUUAUGUCGAUCAUAAACUAGAAAUGUAUGCAGUAGCCUGGUUAAUUUGCAUAUUUUGCAUGGACCGUCCGGUCUCGCCGCCGAUCCUGUUGCAGACUCAUUAGUUGC